AUGCAAAAAUCGGAAUUUUACUCCAUUGAGCACCAACUGCAUAAUCCAGCACAAAUUGCUCGGAAAGAGCUGCUGAAUCCUUUGGAGCAUUCCAUGAGGUUGAAAUUGAAUCUGAAUUACCAUGUUGUUGAUUUGAACGAAGUUCCCAAUGGAGAAUCUGAUGAAUUCGACUCUGAUGAAGAUUCUGAUGGAAGUGAUGAAGAGACACCAAACAAGGCUGACCAAAUUUGCUGUGAUAUCUGCCAAUGCUGGGUGCCCUGUCCGUGUGAUGGGAUCAGUGAUGCGAAGUACAUGCAAUUUCAAGCAGAUGGAAAUCUGCAGUAUGUAUGUCCAGCAUGCCGGGAAGAAUGCAACCAAGUUAGGAAUCUCGAAGAAGCUGUUUAG